AACAAUUCUCCGCGGCUUCAUUAAGGUGGACGCUGCCAACGCUUUAUUAUAGAGAUGAUGAAGAUGGAGCAAGUGACUGUUGGAAGUGACAUUAAGCCUACCUCAGCUGAAGUGAAGACUGAGCCUGAGAUCAUCCCCCUGCAGUCCUAUGAACACGAGAGUCUGCAAUGUUUUCAGUGCUUCAUCACCUUUAGUGAUGCCAAAACUAAGGAAAGACACAUGAGGAAGAGUCACCGGGACCAGUACAAACAACAUCUGCAGCAGACCAAUACUCUGUUCACGUGCUACAAGUGUGACAGGUGCUUCUCCUCGUCUGAAGAGCUCAGCCAGCACCAGAUUGCACACAGCACAGAGGAGAAGCCCUUCCUCUGCACCCGCUGUCAUGACAGAUUCUCAACCUUUACUGAGCUGAACAAACACAGAAGACACGAUUGCGUGGAACGUCUGCGUGCCUGCAAGGACUGUGGUGCAUUGUUCCCCAUUCCCUCACAGCUUCGAUCUCAUCGGAUUUCAGUGCACUCUCAUCAGCCCUCAGUUGCUGACGACAACAACACCUUCCAGUGCUGCAAAUGUGGUCGUGGAUUUCAGACAGAAGAAGAGCUUCUAGAGCACCAAGAGAAGUUUUCUAAUUAUCUCAACUGUGACGUUAAGCCACAAGGCAAAAAACGGGGCCGCAAACCCAAGUGUGCAGCUCAAGAGGAGAAAGUAGAUGAUAAAAAGAUCAAGCUAGAAGAAACAGAAGGAGGCAAAGACUGCUUUGACUCCUUAACAGAGGAAUCCUCGACUGCUGAGCUUAAAAUCCCUUGCUCUGAAAAUGAUUGUGAUUGCACAUUCCCCUCUGUUGCAGCCCUCCGAGUACACAAGAAGGACAAACAUGCUCCCUCUUCUUUGUAAAGUUACUACUCUCGAAUGGACCUGCCACACUUGUAGAAAGAGCUUUGCAAGAGAGAGUGACCUAAAGACUUAUCAGACCUUCCGUUCUGAGUAUUGGAAAGGAUGCCAGAAGAGAUAAUAUAGAUGGUAAAGACUUAAACUUUGUUUUUUACCAAACAGUUUGAUUGUCUGAGAUUGUUCUGCUUGAAGAAAGAUCUUAUUCAUGUGAAUAUUUUACAGUAAGUUUUUGAGAUCAAGGUUACACAGCUUCAAGUUGUUUUUCUAACUCUUUUUUGUUGUUGUUAAAGACACUGAAUAAAACUCCUAAAUGUACAUAAUUUAGCAGCAUAAUGACAAUGCUACAAUGUCCAUUGUGUGUCCAUUUUUCUUUUACUUUGCCUGAAUUUUUUUAUAUUCAUUGUGGACCAGCAACUCAGUUCUCCCUGAGAUGGAAGAAUGUUCUGUACUUAUCAUGUUUUUCAUUUUCACGCAAACCGUCCAAGUAAUACAUGUAAUAAAAA